AGUGCUCUCCUAAAUCUAUCCCAUAUCAUGCCUCGUCGUCAACCCCUCCGAGUGAGCGAUGCAUUCGGUCUAUCGGACUCUGAAGACGAGGGUGUCAUUCCAAAAGACGCCAAGUUGUCCAACAAUCGAGGCUCCAGCACCGGUGUGACCAUGAACGUUAACGGUACUGUGCGGUCUAAGAAGUACGCCAACCACUCCUUAUUCCAGGGUCACACUAGCGUUUACGGUGGUUUUAUGCACCAUGAGAAGGUGCUUGAACAACAGCCCCAAGCCGAAUCGACUGAAGGUAUGAGCAGCAUUCUCGGUUCCCGAGAGUCAGAGGGAGAUUCCUCGAGUGAGAGAGGCGACCGACCGUCCACAACCAAGCGGAAAAAUGCAUCGCUUUCUAAUCAACGUGAUGACGAAGUCACUCCGAAUAAGAAGACGAUGAGAAGGAGAUCUUCAUCGCCAUCUAAGACCCAAGAAAACGGCCGUCCGACACAAGUGCAGCAGCCAACGCAGUUCAUCUGUCAUCUGUGUGCUCGCAAAUUCAAGUCGGCCGCUCAUUUGCUGAAACACGAGCAACUCUCUACUUUGCAUCGAAACAAUCUCCUGAAGAAAAAGGAGGAGGAAGCUGAGCUCACUGUUGCAUCGUCUUGAGGAGAAGGGCGUCAGUUCAUCCCUUGUACUAUCAUUU